AGCCCUAGGAUAGCUGCACUGCUCUUUGACCAAGACUUAAGUUAGAGGAAAAGGCACUCUUGUGAGAUUUUGUAGUUUGGAACAACUUUGGAGAUUUACAAACAUCUUGGGAACAAUUGAGACAGUGAUUCCUGAUCAUGGCACAGAGGAUAUACCAUGAGAGUGGACAAGAUGGACGAUCGGUCCUGGGGAUGCUUGCAGUUCAGGUGGAGAAAGACCCCAAAACAGGUGCUGCCAUUGUUAGAUCUGUGACACCUGUGUCGGGACAGACUGACCCGCAAUCAGCAACCACCAUCUUCGAUGAUGGACGUAAGAGUAUCCAUGCUGUUGGAGGCUCUGUGGCGCAACCAUCCAGUGAAGAACUCAGUCAGAUACUGAGCGCAAUCGAUGGGGUUGGCAUGACAGCUCUCCUGGAUGACAUCGCUAUAAUGCCAACACAAGAAACGGCCAAAGUAGAAGUUACCCAAACAGGUCUUGGAAAUGAUCUGUCUAGCAAUCUGGUCAUGUCAACUGUAAACAACUCCAAAGAUCCAGACUUUAAAGAAAAAGAUACAUUUGAAAAUGUGCCAAAGACAAUAGAUGAAACAAAGGUUAAACAAAAGACAUUGGGGAUUGACAGUUCAUCCAACGUGGAAGUGACAGAGAGUGAAAUGCUAUGCAAAGGCCCUGUUACUCUUAUGUUCAUGGGAUAUACCGAUGGACGCACAGAUGGAGAAGAUUUAGAAGCAGAAGAGCCCCAAGGCAUGCUUACGGCAGAAAGAGUCAUCAUCACAGAUGACGGAGAAGAACUGGUGAUAGGAACAGACUCAACUGUUCCGUCUCAGAAACCUGCAGAAGAUAUGGCAGCUCAGAAGGCAACCAAAGAGUCCCAGGACAAGGCAGCGUUCCAAGAUGUACCCCUGGAAGGACAGAUGGAGUGGGUGCCACAGAGAGGAGAGGAAGGAGGGAAUGAACAGGAGAAGUCAGAAAGUAUAGCAGAGGGGCAGGGAAAGCCGAAACGAAAGACCUGUCAAUGCUGUACAGUUAUGUGAAGGAAAAUCUUAUGCAACUAUAUGGACUCAUUAAUGGACUAAAUCAUAAGACUGUUAUAUCUAUAUCUAAGACUGUUAUAUCUAUCUGUACCAAACUGUGCCUUUUUCAAUAGUAACAAUAUGACUAAUCCACCUACCAUGAGUCAGCUAAUGUUUUGAAAGAUAUCACUGAAGUGUGAUGAUACUGAAGCAUGAAUGUAACAGUAUAGUAACCUAUUUUACCACCUGUUUCUUGCGAAUAAAUUAAAUUGGAAAAAAUAUUUACAAACACUUCUACUAGGGCUGGAAGAUUAAUCACAAUUAGAAACCAUAAUUUUCUCCACAAACUACCAUAUUCUGGAGAAAAACUGCUAACUGUAGUUUAGAUCUGUACAAACACGUUCUAAUUCCUGUGUUAGUUUGUCAGUCAGUCUCAUUCUUCUGGAUGCUUUUAAAAUGGGAACUUUGAAGAGAAUCCUAUUAUUAAAACAUAAGUCAAAAAACUAAUUGCAAUGCUUUUCAGAAAAGUCACAAUUACAUGUUUUUCCCAAAUUGUUCGGCCCCAAAACAUACUCAUAUGUUCAAUAUUUAUUUAACAUGUUUUUCCCAAAUUGUUCGGCCCCAAAACAUGCUCAUAUGUUCAAUAUUUAUUUAACAUGACAUGGCAUUAUGAUUAAAAUGUUAUUCAAAACCUGGUGCUAAUUCUAAAACUAUUUGUACCACAGUGUUUCACUAAGUUUCUCUUAUUCAUUUUUUACAUAUAAAUGUUGCCAAACUGUUUUGUUACUUCCAAUGACUCAAUGGAAAGGGAUACAAUUCAAUAACAAUUCCUCCCUCUGGUGGUGAAAUAUGAUAAGCUCAACCUGAUAUUUUGAAUAUGUAUAGCUGUUAGUGUAAUAGAUUGUAUGGUGCAUUUGCAGGAUUAUGAACUUUGUUACUAUAAUGAUAAACAUAUGGAAUUUGUCUGUUAAAGAUAAUGAAAUAUGGUCUUUUGGUGAAAAAUGGGGUAAAAUUCAGGUCGUGGAGAUUAACUAGUAAUGCCAUUUUCUACUUCUGAGGAUAAAAACUACUCAAAUUGAACGCAUGCAGCAGUCUGAGUGGAUACAUAGUCAUAGUGUUGAUGUGGUGAUGAUGUGGAUUUGGUUAUUGUGACUCACCUGCACAUGGGGACAGCUGAUAAAUCCAUGAACAGAUCAUCAUUUCAGGUUUGAGCCUGUUCCUGUCACACUCUGGAGAUGACCGCCAGAUAAAUCCACUCAGCACAAUCUAUCACAGGUAGGUUCAUAUUUCAAAUCUUAUUUAAAUGUUUUACAAUUCAUAAAGUAAAGGUUUCAUUGUUAUUAGUUUCUGUCGAUUGAUAAAAACCC